AUGGCAAAACUGAGUGGGUUAUCGACUACGUGCUUCGGCCUGAUGUUCGUAUGGCCUUCAUACACCCUGCCCAUGCUGGCUUCGAACAACACCAUCCUAUCAGCUCCUCUGACGGCUGGCAACGAAGCCAUGCUGGGCAGUCUACCCUCUCUAGGAGGGAUCAUAGGGACAAUGCUCGUGGGUACACUGAUCGACAGUAUGGGAAGGAAAUGGUCUUCUAUCACAGGAUCUGUGAUUAUGAUGAUAUCAUGGUGCAUAGUAGCGUUUACAAAUUCCAUAACUGUAGUGUUGGUCGCGAGGUUUCUGGGAGGGGUUUCGUGUGGCUUGGCGCUGGUCAUCACCCCUAUUUACAUCUCUGAGAUCGCUGAAGACAGAGUACGGGGUAUCUUAUCUUCAGUCAUGGUCCUGCUUUACAGUUUAGGACUGCUCAUAUCCUACUUCAUCGGCUGGUACUUCAGCUAUCAAGCCAUCGCGUGGAUCAACUUCGCGUUCUCGGCUGCCCGGGGGCUCAUGCUCCUUUUCGUCCCUGAGAGUCCAGUCUACUUGUUAAAGAAAAGAAGGGUUGAGGUAAGCAGAGGGUCUAAAAAGUAA